UUGCAUCAUGUUCCGAAGUCCAGGAGUAAACAAGAAUAGCGAAGGAUAAUGUGGCGGAGAAGUAUCCUACUUUUAGGCCCAAAAUCUAUACGAAUAGCCCAAAGAAAUGCGCAAAAGAUAAAUCCAGGGCUUUUUCUAAGGUUUGCUUCGAGUCUUGGGGCGGAAAGGGUUGAAAAUUUCCCUGAAGAACCACCGAAAACACUGCGACUUUGGAGUGAUAGUGGAGGAGACGACACUAUUUCGACUCCGUUUGAUGAUCUCGGAGCGUGGCACGAUGCGGAAGCUAAAUCCUUCCUUCACAAUGUUUCCAUUGAUUCAGUCGGGUUCAAUUCACUACAAGGCAAGAAAUUCGUGAAUGAGGAUCGCUUUAAACUACUCGAACUUGAUCCAGACUUUUAUUAUUUCGCUGUGUUUGACGGUCAUGGAGGCGUCUCUUCCGCUGAAUUUGCUCAUGACAAACUGCAUGAAAUUGUAAGGCGGAUGCAUCGUGACGGCGAAAAUGACUUGGAAAAAAUCCUUGUGCAGGCUUUCGAGGAGUGCGACACUGAACUUAAAAGACAUUUGGAGUAUCUAGUGUCGGAAAAAGGAGAGGAUCUAUCAGAGCUAAGCAGUGGUACUACUGCAACUGUAGUCCUGUUACGUGAUGGCACAGACCUUGCUAUAGCCAGCACUGGCGACAGUCGUGCUGUCCUCUGUCGUAACGGUGAAACUUCCUGCAUUACGAGAGAUCACCAUCCCUCCUUAGAGGAAGAACAGCAAAGAAUUCUCAGUUGUAAUGGCCGGAUAGAAUCUACCUCCAGCGACCUACUAAGAGUUAAUGGACGGCUUGCGAUGACUCGAUCAUUAGGGGACUUCGACUUGAAGCCUUAUGGAGUUAUUGCUACACCUGAUACAAAGCUGCUAAAAGUGGACCACAAUGCAGAUGCAUUCAUUGUGCUUAUUACAGAUGGCAUUUCAGAUGUUAUAUCAAGCUAUGAGCUUGGUUUCCUGGUGCGUAUGUGUACGGACCCGGAGCAGGCGGCACACUCCCUUACAUGCUGUGCAAUGCAAUAUGGCUCGGAUGACAAUGUAACUGCCGUCGUUGUGCCAUUGAGGGCUUGGAGAAAGUACUGUGGUCAUCGGCAUAUCCAGAACAACAAUGUUAUGAGAGUUAAUUGUAUUUAGGAUUAAUCAAGUUAGGCUUGUCAUUAUGAAAUCAUAGCUUUGUGGAUUCUGGUUUUCUGCACAUUUACAAAAAAAAAAGUUUGAUGUAACUUACAGAAAUGAGAGCUUAUACAAAACAAAGAAAACAGCAUUGAGAAUAGAAUGUGCAUUGAAUAAGGAAGAUAAUAAUAAAAGGGCAAUUUUACCUUGAAUACCUGAAUAGCAUUUUUUUCAUUUUCAUGUUCAGUGUGUGAUAUUCUUGACACUGAUCUUAUUUAUGUGUGGGACAUUAGAAAUUUAGAGAAUUCAAAAAGUGAAUGUUGUAUAGGGUAGUUAUCAGGAAAAAUAUGGUUGAUUUUUUUUGUAAAUAAAAUAAUUCAGUAGGUUUAGAAGGAAACUAUUAUUAAUUUCAAUAAUUGUUUAAUUUCUUGCAGCUUAGAUAUUUUAAAAGAGUUAAUUUAUCAGUUAAAAAGAUCUACGCAUGGGGUUUCAAGUUUCUUUUUUCUUUUUCAGAUGCUUGACAUUUGAUGUGCUAUUCCUACUUAACUAAAUGUAAAAGAGUUAUCUCUAUUUAUUUACAUUAGGCUUGGUUCAUGAAAAUGUCUCAUUCUGUAAAUUUAGACACAUGGGAGUUACUCCCACAAGUACAUGCAAUGUGCAUGAUUUAGUAAAACCUGAUAGCUUCACAGAUACUACAGUAGUUCAUGCUUAAUUUCAUGAACAGUCAGUCUGUUUUGUGUGUGUGUGGUACUGUUCAAUUAUUUUUUACUGAUAGCAGAGUAAAUUUUCCUCUGUAAGCAGGGUAAUUCAUUAUUAUCUUACUUUGCUAGCAGUAAAUUUUAAAAAGCUAUUUACUUUGGAUAAACUUUCCAAUUAAACACACCAAGGGAACUAGAUGUAUAUUUAUACAUGGAGAAUAAUAAAAGGUUGUUGUUA